GCAUGCGCUACUUGCAACUCAGCGAUCCGACAAAUUUUAUCAACAUGGCGAAGAAAUAUUAUGGCAUAAAUCUGUCGAAACUGCUAAUAAUACAGGGUUUUACUCUGGUAAUGUUCAGUGGAAGAAUGAAUUCAUCUGCAUGCACCGUUGGGAGCUUCAAUCUUACAAGUAUCCAGACGUGGGGCACAUGGACAACUAAAACGGCAGUAGACGGUACAGGAAGCACUUUCUUCUUGAAUCUAUGUGAGAAUGUUGGUCCUUCAAAUCCUGGUUCUACAGUAUGUGAUUCCACUGUCUCAUCCUGCCUGAAACAAGGGGACACUUUCACAAACAUCGGAAGCCACAAUGACACCCUUCAGCUUACAACCAAUGAAAACACAGGAGGAUUCCGUCUUGACUACAGGGGAAGCGAUUGCAACGAGACAGAGAAGUACCAGACCACUAUUGACUUCAAGUGUGGCACCACAUUGGGUUCACCAAAUUUCUUGGAGAAGUCCGGGUGCACAUACUUCUUUGAAUGGUACAGCACGGUUGCAUGCAGCAGUGUGAACGGACCCGCGCUCAAUGAGGUGCCGUGCUCUCUCUAUGAUUCUAAAGGAAAGAAACGUGACCUUUCACCCCUGAUCAAACUAAAGGGAGGAUACCUAGUAGAGUCUCCUGAUGCUGAUGAUCUCUAUAUCAAUGUGUGCAGGGAUAUCACUGCAGAUGCCACUGGUCCAACUAAAGGUUGCCCGGCCGGUUCAGCAGGCUGUCUGGUCAAGAAGGGUCUCUCCGUGAGCAUGGGAAAGCCUCACCUCAAGCUGGAGAGGCUAUCUGAUGAUGAACUCAAGCUUCACUAUGAGGGGAGGACAGUCCUAGACUCCUGUAAUGGGUUUGUACCCACUAUGACCAUAGUCUUCAUGUGCCCGAGGGAUCAAGGAAGGUUUGCUGCGACUCGCGGCCCGAUUCAAUUGUCAAGUACCAACUGCCAGUACCAGAUCCAAUGGCAGACGGAGUAUGCUUGUGAGGUUGAUAUGCUUACUACAGACACAUGUGCCUUCAACUCGCCCACGCAUGGCAUCGACUUUGACCUUUCACCUCUCACAAAACCAGAUGGGGAAUUCUACCUGAUGACUACCGACAGCUAUUACUACUACAUCAAUAUAUGUUCUGAUUUGAUAGAUUUUAAAGUUUGUGAGGGUAUGGCAGUAUGCCAAGUAGACCGUGGCCCGAGUGCAGUGUCCGGUGUCUCAGCAGGGCAGAAUAGUAGUCAUGAAUUAAGGUAUUCUGAUGGAGAAUUAACUCUGAUCUACAAAGGUGGGGCUGUGUGCAAUCAUAACAAGUUCCAGAGGACCUCAGUAAUCUCAUUCCAGUGUAAUCAAACAAGUGAUCCUGGUCAACCAGAAUUCGUGACAGAGACAGAGUGCACCUAUUUCUUCCAAUGGCAGACCAAGUAUGCCUGCAUGGCUGAGGCUCCCUCCCAAACCACCUGCAGACUGGCCAAUGGCAAACAGCGUUAUGACCUUUCACCCUUGACAAGAACGUCCGGUUCUAACUGGCUCGUACUGGAUGGGAGGCAUUCCCACCCAGAGGCGACAGAGAGCGAGUAUUUCAUCAAUAUCUGCUCUGAGGUUGUUCAAGGUGAUACUGCCUCCGAGGGAUGUCCGCAAGGCUCUUCUGCAUGUGUUGUAGAUACUGUUGGCACCACAAGAACAGGUAAAAACCUGGGAAGAUACUUGACAUCUCCAAUUUGGCAAAAUGAUCUUAUCACCAUGAGCUACACCGAUGGCAAUAUCUGCAAAGGCAGCACUAAGAAACAAACAGAUAUCACGUUCCUUUGCAGUCCUGGUGACUUGGAGAGCGCCCCCAUCCUGGUGCGUAAAUCAGAAGAUGAAUGUCAAUAUGACAUGGAGUGGCAUACAGCAGCUGCUUGUCCUUUGGCUAGUAAAUGGGGAACAGACUGUAGGGUGUUUGAUGAUGAUGCAGGUGUGUCUUUUGAUCUGAGUCCACUAUCUAAACCAGACGGGCAUUACAAUAUUUCUGCUGGAGAGUAUGAUUACUACAUCAAUGUCUGCAGUGAUAUUAAACUGAGUCCUUGUAAUGAUGCUAGUCAUACCUUACCUCAUGCAGCAGCUUGCCAGGCCAGGAAAGAUGGGAGUGGUACAUCCUACAUCCUUGGGCAGACCAACACAUCACUGGGCUACUUUGAUGGUAUCAUCAAGCUGACAUACCUCAACGGCAAACCUUACAACUCAAACAAUGGACCUGGCAAACCAAGAAUGACUGAGAUUGCCUUCCUAUGUGACGCUGAUGCAGGUGUGGGAACACCACAGUUCUUCCAGGAGAACAAUGCCACUUAUUUCUUCCGAUGGAACACCAAGUAUGCCUGCCCCCAGCAGCCCAUUGAGUGUGUGGUGACGGAUGAAUCCAACAGCGAGCAAUAUGACCUUUCAAGUCUUUCAAAAGCUUUAGAAGAGGAGAACUGGUCGUUUGUUGAUGAGAGGGAUGCAGCGAAUCGUAAGAAGUAUUACAUCAAUGUCUGCAGACCCAUCAAUCCUAUUAAGCUAUGUGGCGCCUUUGCUGGAGUGUGUCAGACAGGAUUUACUCAGACAGAUCAACAAAUAACUGAAACUGAAUCGAUAGCAAACUUGGGUAUACCCGUAUCACCACCUACGAUUGAGAGCAGCGGCCAUCUUUUGUUGACGUAUGAAAAUGGAAGCGAGUGUGGACCAAACAAAAGGAUUACCAGUCAUAUACACUUUGCAUGUAAUAAAGGAACACUGGCUAGCACCCCUCGCUUGCUGGAAGUAGUAGAUUCCUGCACAUACAGUUUCCUAUGGGAGACAGAGGCGGCCUGUCCCAUUGGCGUGUCAACGGGGGAGAAUUGCACAGUGAGGGACUCAAAUUCAGAUUAUGUCUUUAAUCUUCAGCGGCUCAUCAAAGAAGACGGAUAUCAAGUAUUUGGUCCAGACAACCAAGUAUUCAAGAUAAACGUCUGCAAAGGUGUCCCAACAUGCCCUGCUGGUUCAGGGUCAUGUCUCACAUCCACCCUGUCGCUAGGCAACGCAUCAGCCACACCCAUCUUCUCUGAUGAGGGCCUGCUAACGCUAGAGUACACCGGAGGAACCUUUGAUCCAGAGACAGCUAAGAACCCCUCAACGGUGAUAUCCUUCCUGUGUCGUCGCAACGCCUCACUAGCUUCCGCGAGCCCAGACUUCGUCAGGAAAGAGGGCUCUCGUUACAUCUUUAACUUUGAGACGCCGCUCGCCUGUCUCCCAGAGUCUGUGGAUUGCCUUAUAUCCGAUAGGAACGGAAACCAGUAUGACCUUUCACCUCUUGCAAAGGAUUCUGGGAACUGGGAGGCGGUGGACACAAGGCCGAACCACCAUGGGUUAAGCUAUCAUAUUAAUGUCUGCAGGCCGAUCAACAAGGGGGAUCCUGCAACUAGUUCAUGCCCAGGUGGACCAAUUGGUGCGUGUCAGAUCAGUGAGAGUGAUAAUAGUGCAUUCAACAUGGGUUACGUCCAAGCCAUGCCCGAAGCGGCAGUAGAUGGAACCCUCAGUCUGCGGUAUGUGAACGGUGACAUCUGUCACGGCAAGUACCAUCGCAGCACACGCAUCAACUUUGAAUGCUCGGAUACACCUGGAUCACCUGUGUUCCAGACUGAGUCAUCAGAGUGUGAGUACAUCUUCUCUUGGGAAACACCUGCAGCUUGUCCAUUAGAGAGGGUCACUGGAGGCAACUGCUCUGUCCAAGUUCCAGAAUUUGGUUUCCAAUUUAACCUCUCCUCACUCUACAACAAAACACAUGACUACACUGUGACUUCCACAGAGCAUGAAUACACUAUUAAUGUUUGUGGCCCUCUAUUGACCAAGAUGGGAGAGUGUGCCGCCACUGACGGUGUUGGGGCUUGCCAAAAACUGCAAGAUGGAACCUUUAAGAAUGCGGGUGUUUUCAACAAGAAUUUGGUCUAUGCUAAUGGAGUUUUGAAGCUGAACUACACCACUGGCUCAGUAUGUCAUAAUGUCUACCAAAGAUCAACUGCUAUCAACUUUUAUUGUGAUGAAAAUGUAAAUGGUAAUGGAGAACCCCACUACAUCCAGGAGACUUCUGAUUGUACGUAUGUGUUUGAGUGGGCCACGCCCCUUGCCUGCCCCCCUUUCAAGGUGGUGGAGUGCAGCUAUAGGGAUGGAGAGCAUCAGUAUGACCUCGCCCCACUCUCGAAGAUGACGGAUAAUUACAGAGUGCAUGCUGAUGGGAAUAGCGUGGAUGGCGAUGCUUACUAUAUCAACGUGUGCAGAUCACUGUGGCACAGGAAAGGGGCACAAGGAGAAUUCUGUCCAAGCAAUGCUGCUUCAUGUCUCCAAACUGUUGAUUCCAAUGGGAAGAAAAGUUACAUCAGUUUAGGUGAGGUUGGUCAAGGUCCAACGAUGGAGAAUGGUCAUCUUGUUCUACGCUAUAAUUCUGGACAUGCUUGCCCUGAUGGAACAGGAAGGAAGCGUAGUACUGUCAUUCACAUACAGUGUGAUAAGAACUCAGUGGGUACAGCUCCUAUGUUUGACCACGUUGACGGUGACUGUGAAUAUCAUUUCCUUUGGUUGAGCAACUAUGCAUGUGAUAUAACAGAACAUACCGACAAACCUACUGGGGAUUGCACUGCUAUGAAUCCUAUUUCAGGAUUCCGGUUUGACUUUAACUCCUUGAAGAAGCAAGAUGGAUACAUCGUCAUGGGCAGUGAUAGUCAUAAAUAUGUGAUCAACGUUUGUGAUCCUCUUACUACCUCAGUGUGUGAUGGAAGCAAUAUAGGAUCUUGCCAAGAAGAGCUUGCUACGCAAGGGCGACACUUUAACGCUGGUAUCUUCAACAAGAAUCUCUUCUUUGAUGACAGCAUCCUCUUCCUGCGCUAUGAUUUUGGCCAUGCCUGCCAUAGCAACCAUUUCAACAGGAGCAGCGUUAUCAACUUUGUAUGCCCCCAUCAACAGGAUACGGUCGGAGAGCCGGUUUUUAUCGCAGAAUCGGAUGACUGCACCUACUACUUCUCCUGGCAUACUUCCCUGGCCUGUGAGAAAUUUAUCCAGUGUAGUGUGGUCAAUGGAUCAGAUACCAUCAGUCUUGCACCCCUAAUCAAUGACCAGGGUUAUCACUUAGCAACCAACCUCCUUGGCGACGGCAGCUUGGCCUACAUCAACCUAUGCCGACCUUUGAACCCUAUCCCAGGUCUGACCUGUCAUCCCAACUCUGCAGCCUGCCAGGUCAAAGGUGGAAACCCUGUUAAUCUUGGAAAAGUUUCAGAGGGUCCUAAGAUUGGUACUGAUGGGAAGCUUAGCAUCACAUACACACAGGGUGACCGUUGUCCCACGGAUGCUACAAAGAAUAUUUCAUCGGUCAUCAAGUUCUUCUGCAAGCAAGGGGUCACCCAGGGAACACCCACUUUGGAGUUCAUCGAAGAUUGCAUCUAUCAGUUCACCUGGGGGACCAACGUGGUGUGUCCCGCUACUGCACCUGAGAGUGAUCAAGACUGUACCUUCUUCAACACUGCCUUGCAGUAUAGGUUUGACUUCACUGCUCUCUCAAAGCAAGAUCAGACAGUUGUAGCAUCAUCAGCUAAGAGCAUGAAGCUGAAGCUGUGCGGUCUAUCAGCUGACCAGUCCGGGGAGUGUACAGGGUCAGCUGUCUGUCUUCAGGCCGGCAGUGAUAAGUUCUCUCUAGGAAAGCUCUCCACACAGACCAUCAGUCAGGAAGGAGAAAUCUUCAAAGUGGAAUACACCGGUGGAUCGUCCUGUCCUUCAUCUGCUGAAAAGAAGAGACAGGCCACCAUUCUUCUUAUUUGUGAUCGAGAUGCUAAGAAUACACCCCCAACUUUCUUUUCUUCUGACGAAAAUUGCCACUACACGUUCCAAUGGCGUACCCCUGCUGCUUGCCCGGCCGACACCAGACCUUGUGACCUUGCAUACGAGGGAAACGUCUAUGACCUAUCACCCUUAUCUCGCAUCACUGGCAGCUUCCAAAUCCAAGAUGAUAGCAAAAAUGAUUAUUACAUGAAUCUAUGUCAGCCUGCAUACGAUACGCCUGAAGGCUGCCCGAAAGACGCCAGUAUUUGUCGUGAGAGAGCUGACGGCCAGGUGGAUGUCCUUGGCAUGGUCUACACACAGCAGAUGACUGCCAAAGGAGAUGUUCCAGAUAUUGUGGUGACGUUCAUUGAGGGAACCAAUGUGGAUGAUUGCAGUGAUCCACCUCAGCAGGGUUCGCUUCCAGCUUCUUCAUUGAUCACUUUCAAGUGUGCCAAGAAAAAUGGACGCCCAGUCUUCCAAAGGACUGAGCACGUUGAUAACAAGUGCCAAUUUCAAUUUCUAUGGGAGUCGAAGGUAGCCUGCAAAGAAGAAAGAGUGUCUGUAACAUUAGUAAACAAAAUGAUCACCGACCCAGAGACCAAUGUCGUCAUGAAUUUCACCGAGAUCAUCGACCAUGGCAUAUGGCAAGCUGAGGGGGACACUCGACUAGAAGCCACCGGAGAGACUGUAAACUAUCUCUAUUACAUUGACAUGAAUGAAGGUCAGACUGAUGGUAUACCAGGUGAUCUUAGUCAUGUCUGUCAGGAUUCAGCUGUCUGUCAAACCAAAGUAGAGGAUGAACGCUUCUUUAGGGAUGUGGGAACAAGGUCCAGUAGACAAUUCUUCAUCGAAGAUGAGUUGGUUGAAAUGGAGGUCACCAAGCCUAAAAGCUGUGGGAAAGAUAAUACUGAGGAUGUUAUAACAACAGUUAUAUUUGAAUGUGAAUCAGCUAUCUCAUAUACCCAGCCUGUGUUUGAGUAUGAAUCCAGUAAUUGUCGAUACUACUUUUCCUGGAUGGUAUCUGCCGUUUGCACAGAAGGAAAAAUAGUAACCCCCGGUGAUGGUGGUGGGAGCGAUUCUGUGGUCAACUUAAAACACCAUCAAGCAUCAAUCAUCAUCUUGAUUUUAAUCAUAAUCAUCAUUUUAUGCUGUCUAGCAAUAGUGUUUCAUAAAAAAGAAAGAAGAUCUGCUGUUUAUUGGAGAAUACGAAGUUGUUGUCCUGGGGCAUAUUCUAAGGUUCCAACUUAUUCUUACUCUCAGCUCUCUAAUGGAGAUCCUGAUGAAUCAAACGAUUCUCGACCUCUGUUUGGCGGUCAAGAAGAUGAAGAAUUACUUCGAGAAACAAGGAGAAAUCCCUUUGAAUUCCACGAUGACAGUGACGAUGAUAUCUUGCCACAUGUAUAGGACAAAAGUGUGAAGUUAUCUUUUAAUCUUAUUACUCAUUUUUUUAUGUAUUUUCAAUGUGGAAUGGAGUGGAGAUGAGGGAUGAGGUCUGAAAAAUUUUAGUAAAAAAAAGACAUGAUUCUACGUGAUUUGAAUGCCGAUCUUGGUUCAGUUGUAAUAUGAAUUGUCUUGCUACAUGAGAUGUGCUGUUUCAUGUUAUAUGAAUGGUAUAUAUAUAUAUUUUUAUAUCAGUUUCUUCUGAGAUGCUUUGAGAUUUGUGAAAUGAAGACAUCUUCACUUGUUUACUAACCCUCGACAGAGAUGGAUUUCUGAUUAUCUUUUUGUUGCAUUGAUAAUUCUUACUUUGAUGACAUAUUGGUAUGUUUUACUGUUAUGUAAUUAAAGGGAGUACAUAAUUGUUAAAACUGCAGACUAGCAUAUAUGUGUUUUUUCCUAGUAAUGAUUCAUUUAACUCUAGUUUAACUUCGCCCAUACUUUAAUGAAGCACUUGUUACCAUUUGAUUCACUAUGUAUAGAUAAAUAAGUGUUUGGUACCAAAAAAUUAAAAAUAGCUUUAAAAACAGACACACUGGAGCAAGGGGUUUCACUCACUCGCGCAAGCUUGUGGUAGCUUUAUGUAUUUAAAUUCAAAUUCAAUUUAUUUACACUAUCGAUAAAAACAUGCAAAAAACAUACAUAAGGUACAAAAGUAAAACAUUGUGACAACAUACAAAAAACAUUUAUGAGAAUGAGGGGCCAACAAAAAAGAGCAGAUAGCCUUAUUGAGCGUUGACCCAACAACUACAGGACAAAAUCAAGAAAUAUUACAAAAAAGAUAACAUAAAUGAAAACAUACAUUAAAAAAUAUAGCGUAGUUAUAUAUUCAGCUCACUGACCCAUCCUGUGCCACCAGAAGGAGUUUGUAAGAACCCUUGCGUUAUUUCAGUUGCUUUGCUUCAAUUCACAGUUGGUACUAAGCCUAAAUCAUUUACAUUGACAGCCAAUCAUGGCUUGUCAUUUUGCGUCCAUCGUCUCUUUCGGUUCUGUGUCACCCUGCAUAUUGUUCUGCUCUAGAGUUCUAGUCAUUUAUGCGAUUUUACUCUGAUGAGUGCAUAUUGAAAAGUUUCAGUAUAUCCGUUUUUAAGGCUAUUCUAAGUAUAAAUAAUUAUAACCCUGCAAUGUCUGAAAAUUGUUCUCAAAUUGGAAAAAAAGUUUACAAUGAAUAUACAAAAGAUAUGUUGGGUAAAUUAUCUUUGUCAUGGAUAUUGAAAAAAAAUGAAUUGACACCGUGUUAUUUGUGUGGAAUGAAUUUACUACCGUAGUUGUUACCAAAGUACUUUAAUGCUAACCUAGGCUAUACAACACAAAGAUUUGAAGUAGAUUGCAAAUAUGACAGAUUGAUUGUGAUUGGUUCCUGAUCAGUGUUUUGAACUAGCUGGGUAUGUAACAACAAUUUUGAUUGGUCAUUGCCCUGUGUUUGAUUUCUGCCUAGUCUUGUAUGCAGUUUUUACAGUGAUGCACCAGCCUUAAAGAUGAUAUCCUCUCUCUUUUUUAUGGAUUAGCUGUUUAGGAAGAGAAAGAAGGGGAGAGAGAUACUUGAAAUGCACUAGAAUUACGUACAACUCAGAUUAAAAUAAUGUGGAAAUUAAUAAGUAGUCCAUGUUUAUGUUAUUUCAUUAGAAAAUGAAGUUGUAUGAAAUCAUUUUAAAACUUUCUUUGCCUGAGAUUAUACAGGUGUAAUAGAUUUAAGAUGAAUAUUUAUUUGCAUGGAAUGUGAUGUAAAUCACAAGUGGAAAUGAUACUUUAUGACAAGUUUGUUUACAUUCUUUUAUAGUGGUCAAAUGCAUUGUGGAAAAUUUUGUAUUACACUAGUAGAGGUGUGAAUAAUUCUUUUGUAUGUUUCUGUGAUGAUUGUUAUGUAAGACUGUUUGAAAAAUAUGUGCAAUUAAAUAUAUAGUCUAUUGAGGUUUGAGUUGAAUAUCAAUAUUAAUAGGAUCUGUAGGAUGGUUUGAAUGCAAGUCUUUUUCAAACCGCCAAGAACACCAUGAAAAAUGAAACAAAGAUUUUACAGCAAUUCCUCGCUGUUCUCUGGAAUCGUGGUGGAUGAGUAGAGUUUGUUUGUAGCAACGCCUUUUCCUGCUUCUUUAAAGUCAAAAUGAAGAUUCAGCUUUCUUUAGACUGCACUAAUAUAGAGCAACAUGAAAAGUUGCUAAGACUAUUAUAUCAUAUUGUGGGGGUAUAACUAAUCCAAUUUUUAACAGUAGUGUGUUAACUAGACUAGGUGAUAAGAACACAUUUUGAGGGGAUUUUGCACAACCAUAUAAUUUGAGUGUAUGUUAUUUGAUGUAAUUUAUACCAACGUACAGCCUUUCUUAUUGUCUUAUGGUUGAUAAAUAUAUUAACUAUUGGCAGCUGCUCUGAUUUUUUGUUUAAUUUUCAUGAUGUAUGUAUUCUGGUAAUUAAAUUACUUGCAAUGUAGUGUGUAUGCUGUAGACAGAUUAUUUCAUUUUCAAAUGUUCUCAUAUUUUUUUUUCUAAAUCAGUAUAUGUAAAUAUUUUGAAGCCUUCUCAAUGCUGUAGUAAUAAAUUUUGGUAUAUAUAGGAUAAAUAUAACUUGGAACACAGUGAGAAUUUAAUUAUCUUGAAAAAAAAAUUCUUGAACACUUUUCUCCCUUUGGCCAUUUAGUGUGCAAUUAUAAGUUAAUUACAUGACUUAUACAGGGUUCUGUGUUUUGUUGAAAUAAUUAUGCUUGUUAGGAACUCAUAUUUGCAUUGUAGCAGCUCUGUUGUGCUGGUAAAGAGUGAUCCCAAUUAAAUUCCAGUGGAUUUUGUCUUGACUGCAUGUGAUAGAGAAUAAUGAGGGUAUCUCUGAAUCAAGAUAGAGGUUCAUUGGGUGAUUUCAAGUUCAGUGUUGACCUUUUGGUGUUGGUGUUAGGUCAAUUUUUACAUGAGUAUAACACCAAACAUAGAAUGGAUAUGCUUCUGAAAAUUCACUCACUGGUAGUUGAGAUGUCAAUAAUGUGAUCUGGACCAGUUCUACAAACUCAGAAUAAGUUUUGGAGCUAGGGGAAGCAAUCCAAAUUCCAACACUAACACCAAUGCCAACACCGAACUUGAAAUCAUGUGAUCUGGACCAGUUCUACAAACUCAGAAUAAGUUUUGGAGCUAGGGGAAGCAAUCCAAAUUCCAACACUAACACCAAGGCCAACACCGAACUUGAAAUCAUGUGAUCUGGACCAGUUCUACAAACUCAGAAUAAGUUUUGGAGCUAGGGGAAGCAAUCCAAAUUCCAACACUAACACCAAGGCCAACACCGGACUUGAAAUCACCCAUUGUAUGGUAGGUUCAUGCUUAGAGGGUGUAGCAAGAAAAUAUUUGCAAUCGAUCGCAAAACAAUUUCAAAAUUUUAAGUAAUGGCUUAUAGGUUUAAACAUCUUUUUUUUUUAAAUGACAGGCUUUAAAAAAACAUACAUGUUUUGUUUACAGUUUACUAUACGAGGAAUGCACUAAUUCUUUUAGUGAUGGCCAGUCCAUCUCUAAAUGAUGUUGGUUGAAUAAAAAUAUAAUACCCAAAGGUCAUCAUCAAAGUUUUAGCAUAAGUGUAAGUACUUGAAAUGUUUGAACGUGUUUGGUCAUAUUUUAACAAACUUGGAGGACAUGA